CAGCGUUUCCGGUUUAAAGAACCCGGUCCCGAUUUUUCUGAAGAAGCUAGCAAAAUGACCUUUUUUCAUUUCGGAAACUGUGUAGCUUUGGCAUAUAUUCCUUAUGCUAUUGUCUACAAGUGUUCGGGUUUGUCCGAGUACAACGCCUUCUGGAAGUGUGUGAAGGCGGGUGGUGCCUAUUUAUUUACCCAACUGUGUAAGAUGAUGGUUUUGGCUACGUUUUUCCCAGCAACAGAUUCCGGUGGAAACAGUUUGGAUAUUACAGGAGAAUUUUUAAAAUGUACAGUGGAUUUUGCUGAUCUACUUGGUCUCCAUUUGAUUAUGACAAGAAUAGCAGGUAAAAGUCAACUAAAAUUCAUGGUUGCUGGAAUGGGUUGGGCCACAUCAGAACUUAUAAUGACCAGGGUUAUACCACUAUGGGUUGGAGCUCGUGGUGUUGAGUUUGAUUGGAAAUAUGUUCAGAUGAGUUUUGAUUCUAAUGUUAGUUUGGUGCAUCAUAUUAGUACAGCCAUGUUAGUGUGGUUAUACAGUAGAAAUGAUGUAAAUAAAUCUAUGUUUCCUGUCAUUGCUAGUCUUUUGGUUCUCGGCUGUUAUAGACCUCUUAUUGUAGAAAUUUUAAUCCAUGCUGUUGGUCUGGGAUCUUGGAUGCUGUUGAUCGCUAAAACUUUAUUUACCCUGUGUGGUGGCCUCAUCACACUACAGAUGUAUCUUCGUAUUCCUGCGCAGUUACAAAAUUCAUACUACUAAAACCGGGGCUAGACAACUCGGCUUUGGAGAUUGAUUUAAUCAAAGAGAUCUUAAUUUAUAUGUUUUAUAUGCCACAACUGUUAAGUAGCUAAACCCUGGCCAGAUAACUUGACUUUAAAACAUGUUUUAUCAAAGAGAUGUUAAUUUAUAUGCAUUAUAUACUGAUCUGACUAAAAUACAGAUCUAUAUUUCGUUUCGUUUUUUUUAUACUUUCGAUGGCCUCUACUACAUGAAUAUCUGCCCCUAUGACGUCAGACAUUUGAUUAACCAAUCAGCAGUGAUGUUUCUAGUGGGUUACUCAUGGUUUCGUGCAACUCACGCCAAAAACUGGCCGUAACAAACCAUUUCGUUGGCUAAUCCCCCACAUCAUCCAGAACUCGGGUUAUAUAACAACUCUGGCAGAUCCUAGUGUAAUAAAGACAAGUAAAACGAAAUUUUGAACUAUAAAAACGAAAUGAAAUAGGAUCAGUGUUUUAAUCGGAUUGAUUAUAUAUCACUACUGUUAAAUAUCCAAAACCUGGCCAGAUAUACAUAUUAUAUACCACUACUGUUAAAUAUCAAAAACCUGGUCAGAUAUACAUAUUAUAUACCAAUACUGUUAAAUAUCAAAAACCUGGCCAGAUAUACAUAUUAUAUACCACUACUGUUAAAUAUCAAAAACCUGGCCAGAUAUACAUAUUAUAUACCACUACUGUUAAAUAUCCAAAAACCUGGCCAGAUAUACAUAUUAUAUACCACUACCCCAAAAAUAUUAAAUACUUGCAUCCAAUUGACUAACCUGCAGAACUGGGUGGUGGAUGGGUUGAACGACACCUUAGAUAGAAAAUUUUAUAUUAAAUGUUGAUUCUUUUGUCUUAAACUCGCAUCAAAUUCCAUCUCUGUAAAUACCUCAUUGCUCUGUUGGCCGGGUCGAGAUCUAUAAGUGGGAUAUUUGUUGGAAUGCGACGGUUCCAAUAUGACUAUAUAUAUGGGAGUGUUCACACAAAUAUUUGAUUUCAAGGCUAAAUGACUUCAUUCAAUAAUUGUUAAUCAAUCAAAUGUGAUCACUGCGUUCACUUUGUAGAACAGUUACAUCUGUGGUAGCAUUGUAUAUAAACAUCUCUUGAGGAGUCUUUAUCUAUUGUACUAGUAUGAUCAAGUCUAUAUCUAUUGUACCGGUAUGAUCAAGUCUAUUUAUAUAUUAUACUGGUAUGAUCAAGUCCGAUGUUUAUUGUACCAGUAUGAUCAAGUCUAUUGUACCAUUAUGUAUCUAUAGUAAUCUGUGUAAAAAUCAUUAUCCAUUUUACUUUUAUAUUUAAUCAUAUUCAUUUACAUUUUUUUUUAGCUGUCAUACACAAUAAAUUAGACAAAUGGAUGAUAUGUUUAAUAGAUUAUCCAGCCUCUUGUUUUUUCAUAUUGUAUAGAGAGUAUUUAUGCGUUGGAAUGACUGGUUGAUAGAGAAUAAUGAUGUGGUGAUUUUGUUAAAAAUUACAAUAAAUAAAUUCUAAAAUAAUU